UUUCGCUGGUUGAGCAUCGCCACAGCUAUAUAAACAGUGAGUAGUUUUCCCUCAGGAUAUUCGAGUUGGAGCUUCCGAGCCAGUUAGUUCGGUGACAGGCAAGACAAGCUCGAUCAUGAUUGGACAAUCCAGUAUCCUCGUGGUGUUUUGCGUGAUCGUCGGAAGUCUGGCCAAGCCACCGCCGACGUUCCUCGAGUACAAGGACAGCCUGGGUCAAUACAGCUUCGGCUACAGUGCGCCUGGAUCGGCGAGAUCGGAGGUCCGAUCGAUCGACGGCUCGACCCGCGGCUCCUACAGCUAUGUUGACGUGUUCGGAAACAUCCAAACUGCCCAGUACACUGCGGACGGGGAGAACGGAUUCCAAAUCACUGCGACGAACUUGCCUCGGGCGCCGAGGCCUGUCGAAGACACGCCUGAAGUAGCAGCGGCAAGGCUCGAUCAUUUUAAGGCUCUAGAAGCUGCCUCUAAACUGGCCGACGAAAACUCUCAACAAAAUGAACUGAAAUCGACUGCUGAUGUGGCCAGGUCUUCGCAUUCAAAUGAUAUCGAUAAAGCUGGAGACAAUGAGAAGAAACCGAUCAUUCGAGCACCGGCGAACGGUGCAAUGAGCCCCGAAGCCUCGAAGAGGAGUGGCUCGGACGAGGGCUCGAUUAAGAUUUCCUUGGCAGCGAACCAAAACCAAGCUGAGGCAGCGAAGGGCCUGGAACAGCCCAAUCUCGAGGGACCAAAUCCGAAGGACCAACUUGAGGAAAAGUCAGCUAUGAUUUCGGGUCGCUCGGAGAUUCCGGUGGUGACAACAUCCUUCGUGGUCCCGGGCAGUCUGAACCUCCAUACGAGGAUACAGCUGGACCAAUCUAGUGGAGCAGCCGGACGGAUUGGCCCUCAAUCUUCAUCGUUCAACGGCCUCGAGGCGUCGAUAUCUCAAGAUGCAAAUUCGGGUCCUUCCGGUUCUACGCCAGCAGGCACGAGGAUGAUGGCAUUAAGCAGUAACAGCCCGUCUGAAAUAUCCGGUGGAUUGUCACCCGCGAAUUCUGCAUCGACAAAAUCGAUUGAGAACAUGAAUCAGUCGGAAGAACCCUCGCAAGCAUUCGCGCCCGGUGCGUUACCGGCCCCGAACGCUUUUGUGUACGGAAUCGGUUUCAACCCAAUUUACCGUCAAUACACUCCUUAUCACUACAUUCCUUACGCGAUCCUCUGAAGCGUUGAGUCAUCGUAUUUUUCGUACGAAAGUUGCUCCUUUCGUACUUCAAAUCGUAUAUCCAUUAGUCGUCGACCCAAUGAUUCAUUGUACUGGAAAAAAUAAACCGAAUAUCGGAAAGCGCUUGAGCUUGUUAUUGAAAAACGUUGCGACAGAUAAUUGUGUCCGAAAAGCCUUGCGGCCGAUUGAUUCCAGUCGCUGACGAUAAGUAUUAUAAUCAUGAGUUUAUCAUUUUAUUCUUAUUUGAAAAACAAUGUUAAUCCGGUGAACAAUGGAACUCAAGUUUCAAUGCAUCAAUGAUAAUAAUAAGAUUAUAAUAGUACUUU